AUGGCAGCUGCCGGUGAUGACUCUCGCUCUCCUAAGGUAUGCCAUGACCAGUCCCCGACACCUACAAAUAGCUGGCGGAAGAUGCACAUCAGCCAGUAUCGCGAUCAGCGGCGGAGGCCCGGGUCCACCAGCCCCAGACGGGCCAGGUCUGCCUCGCUUCGUGAUGCUCGUGAUGCUCGUGACCGGGAAGGCUCCGGCUCCAGUUCUGCCAGAUGGAGAGGCGUCUCGGGCCCACUUGACACUGAACGCGACAAGAAACCCAGGAUUAAAGAACUUCGGGAACGCAAUGCCUUGCUUGAUGCGAUGAGCAAUGGGCAAGCGCUGCCCAAAAGCCGCUCAGUGUCCCAAAUCUGGCUGCGGCUGCACGACAUGCAUAGAGAGUUGGAGGAGAAACGCGGUGCUUUGGCGGAAAAGAAGCGGAAGGAGGUGGAAGAACAGGAACUCAUGAUCCGCUUGGAGUAUCGCCCACCUAGGCAAGCUCAGAUGUCUGAGGUGCAAGUCAUUGCCUCCAAGUUGCACGGCCAAAAGGCUGAACUCGAGGAGAAACGCAAAGCAGCCGCGGAGGAACGCGAGAAGUCCUUGGCGCAGAUCUAUUGCUUCGCACCCACCCUGUCGGCGAGGACCAGGGAGCUGACGACCGAGCUGGCGGGUGCCCAACGGAUUUCCCACCUCUACAACGAUCACCAGCGGAGGUUGGCUUCCAAAAGUGCAUUGAGUAAACAGAACGAAGAGCAGGAACAGAAGACUUUGGCCGAGCGUUCGGUCCACAAGAACGUCAAGCCGUCAGAUGUCAGUGAAUCCAUCCAUAAGCUCUUCGAAGAUGCCAAGCAACGACAUCAACGUCUCAGCGAGAGACGUGAACAGAUGCUGCAAUUGGAGCUGCAGGAGCUGCAGGCCAUGUCCAUCCACUCCAUGCCGAGCUCCGUUCGGGGAGAUUUCGGAGAUCGACUGCAUCAGGAGGCAAAGAAUCGCGACAUGCGGAUGCUUCAAAAGAAGGAAGAGGCCGAUCAGGCGGCCAAGACGCUGGCGAGUCGCUCCAUGAGUUCGCCAGGACUCCGGCCGGGGGAUGCUUUCAAAUACCUCUACCAGGACGCAGCACGGCGAGAAAAGUCUCUGUUGGAAAGGCAGAAGAGGCAACUGGAGGCGGAGUUGGAGGAGCUCAGGCCUCACGGUGCCACUUUGCAGUGCCGUUCUCCCCGUUCUCCCCGAGCCGUUGAGGUCUCUCCAAGGGAGCUCCAGACGCAAUUUGCAACGGUAACAAAUCGGGAGGCAAGCCAUGAGGAAUGCACCUACAAGGAACUUCUGCGCCUCUAUCGUGCGUACAAGGAGUCGGUUGGCGAUCGCAAAAAAUCAACGAACCAGCUGAGACCGAUCGCAAAGAAGAAGCGAAACGCAGAUGGAGUCGCAGUCGGAGGGUGGGGAUUGUACUUCUUGGAUCAGCUGGGGGUGUGGACAUGCGGAGAUUUUUGGCCAUGGGUUGCCAGAUGUUUGUUAAGUGCCAUCGUGGUUUUGGGAGCAAUUUUGAUUCUCUACUUGCUAUUGGUUAUCUGCCGGCCCUGUCAAGCUUUCUGCAAAUGUUGCUGCAGACAGACCAGAGCAGUAGCCAAAGAGGUGGGGGAGCUCCUCCCCGAACUUAGACCUGGGGGCACAUACGAAAAGCUGGAUAUCCGUGGACCCGCCUCUAGCGGGGGCGUCGAUUCCGAAUUCUACCAACGAGGCGUCAAGGGUCGAGGUUCAGAAAGAAAACCCAAUGACGUAGCUGUUGUGGUGAAUGACCAAAUAGCUCGCUUGAAGGUAGACGGGGAUCAUUGGGCACGUGUGGAUCGAUACGGGUUAUGGGUUCGUCUCCGUGGGGUGAAGGGUUCCACGUCGAAAGCGCUUCGCCAAACGUUGGAACAGGAGGGGAAAAUCCAUCUCUGUCGCGAGCAGCGGUGUCCGCUUGAAUUGCAACCAACACCCGGUCUACAUUGCAAAGCUUACGCUUCGGUGGAUGCCAAUGGGCUGGUGGAUUUGGGAGCUUAUGCAGGGUGGUCCACCCGCAGGGUGAUCGUCUUGAUGGGUCGAUGGCUACGUAGAAUGGUGCGGGGGCUUAGUCUCUGCGUGUACUAUCUGACGGGAUGGUUCAUUCUCAGACAACUCUGGGCAAAGCGGACGCCACCCAGAACCAUAGUCGAAGGAGCCGUCGUCAGACCCUUGGAUGCGGAAUCUGAAUCUGAAGUAGAGGUACAAGAUGACCCUUGUGAGGCCGUAUUAGUCGGUUUGGAACAUGGAGGCAAACCGAGAGCAUUGGCCACAGACCCAUGUGCAGAUCGGGCUAUCGGAGAGCCGGUCCGGCUCCUGGAGAGGGACAGAGAACUCUCUGACGUCAAAAGGAGAUCCUCCGUCAGGCUUUGCGACCAUCAUCGGCAGCUCUACGUGGCGGCAUGUUCAAGCCGAAAAUGCAGCGUGUUGGCUUGCUACGAACAGGUUGAUGGUGCCAAACAGGGAGUUCCCCUCUGCAAGCACCACCUGACGGACCUUGGUGGUUGUGCUCGCCCUACCCGCAGGGUUAGCUGGACACAUGAGAGAGAUAGCUCCAUUGCACGAUCCGAGGCAUCUAUGUCCGAAGGAGAAUGCCUCACCCCUGCACGAAGAAGCCGCCGGAUCAUCUUUGACGGCGCUGAACGACUUGGGCCCAGGGCUGCUUCGGCCGAUCCUAGUGAAUCCCAGAAGAAGAUUGAAGGCAAGCUUGAGAAGGGCCCGUGCAUGGUGCUCCUCAGACCAAAGUCAUUACAAACCACGGAGGCCCCACCCAGGUGGACUGCAUGGUUGGGGCGCAUCGAGGGGUUCGCCGAAGAAGGGCGCAGCCAGGAGCUGCUCGAAGUCCACAUCCCUUCCUUGAAGCAAACGUGUGUGAUCCACAGAAGGCUGUUGAAAGGGUCCCCUCGAGACAACGGGGCGGGUCGAAUUAGUAAGCAUUGGGUGCAGAAGUUCCUUCAGCAUACCCAUGACGAAGAAGUCGGCCAAGGGAUAUCGGUCUUGGUCGCGCGCCUGUCCGAAGACCAAGCAGCGGCCCUGAAUGCCUGGGACGGUGGGAGACUCUACCGGGAGAUCCUCCCGCAUGCUGAUGCAUAUUUGCGUGAAGAAGCUGAGAUGUCCGACGACUUUAUGACACCGCCAAAGCCGAAAGUCGAGCUGGAAGAGGGUGCGGGACCGGCGAUUCCACCCUUCCCAGACCUAGAUGAUUCAGAUCGCCAGGGAAGAAUGGAGGCAGCUCGAAGAGCUCUUGACCAGCACAUUGAGGGAGAGAUAGAUUCCGAAGUGUUGCAGACCGUGGCCACUGCCUUCGACCUAGAUCAUGAGCAACUGGCUCAGUCGAUGUAUGCGAGAAAUCACCGCCUUAGCUACUCGAAGCCAACGGCACCACCAGGAUUGGGAGCCGACCAAAGCGAAAUGGAGUUUGCAAGCAGACCCGUGACGGCAACUAUGCCAGGAGGAGUGACCGUAAAGCCAGCAGUCCCCCGGCCGGCGAAUCCACUUCUGCCGAGGAGCUCCUCCUCGGUCCAGAGAGGUGGAUUGUCGCUCUUUCCCAAGGGGUCAGGCGGUCGAAACAGUCUCGUGAAACCAGCAUCGGAGCAGAUGCCGGAUGGCAGAGCAGGAGCCACGUUCGGAGAAGCCCUCGGAGACAGCACACAAGUCCAAAGCGCGGACCGCAUCAUUCACGCCAUCGACGGUCUGAGAAGAGCACAGGAUGACGACAAAAACCUCACGAAAGGGACCUUGAGUUCUAUCAAAGAGGCGGAGAAGAUGGACGUCUUCCUGGCACGAGGCUGUGGCACCCUGACCGUUGAACUCGCACCGGGAGUGUACGGGAAGGAACUUUUCCACGCGGGGAAAAGGGUGGCAAAUCACGCUCGCCAUAUGCUGCACUUGAUCAAAUGGCCGGUGCUGAUGACCAACAGGGUCCUACUUGGCAUCGCUGGUCUGUGGUGGGGUGGCAAAGACACACGCAAGUACGCGGAAAACUCAGUUCGUGUGUUUGGAUCCUGCUAUGGUACAGAGCAUAUCCAAGAAAGGCUCGAUUGUCUCCAAGCCCUGAAGGAGGCCCAUGAAGAAGACGAGCAUGCCUUCCCAGCUGCCUACUGCAUCGAGCUCUUUGAGGAACUUGUCGCGGCUUGGUGCGAAGAACUGCGAGAAAGCAGAAGGAAACUCUGCUCUCUGCUGGGGACCGAAAAUCCACGGCUUGAAGACCUGAAGCUGCUAGCUUUGGCGCCGGGAGCGGAUGGGCAAGCAAACUUCCAGUUUCCAAGCAUAUGGGAUCUGGGCGACCCGAACGGAUAUUACCAGACAGUUGUGGUACCCAGGCAGCAAAGGCAAAUGUCGAGGCUGCUCCACAAGCAGCUGCACGACCACAACCUCAAGCAGAAGAAGACAGCUGGUCCAGCUGAAGAUGAAGAGUCAAGGACAGGGAAAGCCCCAAAGCUUAACCUGAAAGACAAAGAGGCCGAUGGAUAUGCGGGCGGCAGCAUGAAAUCAGCCUACCCAGCUGGAAAACGGCUUACACAAGGAGAAGCUUCACGGUCCGUGGAGCACGCACCUAAGGAUCCCAAGACCAACAAACCUAUCUGCUGGGAUGUGGCCACGCACAUGGGAUGCACAAGAGGCGACAAGUGCCAGCACGCGCACGAGCCUUUGCCGGGAUUGGCCAAACUUGACUACACAGUUGCCACGCAGGUCAUUCGAAGAGGAGGACUCAAAGGUGGGCCGAAAAUCGAUCCCAAAGAGGUCGACGGAAGGGUCGCUCAGCUGCGGACCCAGGCAGCGGGGGAUAAGGCCGACAAGAUCCAACCUAGCAAGAAAGCGAAAGCAAAGCCCAAGCCAAAGGCCAAAGCUGGGAAGGAAGCUGAGGGUAAAGCUGAAGAAGACAAGGUUGGGAACACCCAGUGGGUCGCACCUGAAGACUAUGAUAUCCCUCUGACCCAUCUCGAGGCUGACUUGCAAGAGGCGGUUCAGGGCCCAGAUGAGAGCUGGCUGCGAAUACCCUCACAACCCACUGAGCAAGAAGCCGCUCCGGCUUGGGAUGACCAGAGCCAAGAGGAGCGGGAAAGGCUGAAACGAUGGAAGUCGCUGGAGGAGAAAGGGGUUCUGGCGGCCUUGGAUUCGCCCACGGAUUAUCUCAGGUCCCAUGUGAUUGCACGCAUGAUGGCAGCACAAGAUGAAGGAUAUGAACUGGAGCUGAACCGGUGUCUCGAAGAUGCGGCAGAACAUGGACAUCCCGCGCUCUCUAAGGAAGCCGGACGUCAACUUGAGCUCCUCAAGCACGAGCCGAAAGCGGGUCACCAAGCGGAUGUCGAAUUUACGCCCAUCACAUGGGACGAGGGUAUUGGUCAUGGCCUGUUGAACUUUCAAGGAAACUUGUCGCAUAUCGGCUCAGUCACGGUCCGUGACUACCAGGAUCGCUUGAAUGCAAAAGACAGCGAGGUCCCACUGCAAGACGGGCAGUUGGAAGAAGAGCGCCAAUGCCUGCCUCUUCAUGUGGGUGUCGGGUUAGCGUUGGCCGAUGAUCCAUCUGUAGAACUACGAGAGGCCGUAGCCAGAGCCAACCAGUUGAGAAAACAUCUCUGGGAUGAAGCAGUGGAGGCUCACGCACACCUUGGCGAUCCGCCAGCGUGGAUACCUGAGGGCGAGCACUUCUCGCGUCAAAACGUCCAUGAUUGCCUCUUUCCUCACCACGAGAAAGACUACCGCGCCUUGCAAACCCUCACAGGAUCCAUGCUGCAAGGAUACACGUUGGCGGUCCUCAGGAUUUCCUAUUUUGGUCGGUUGGAGGUCGACCUGCUCCACGGAGAUGAUGCUGGCAAUGGGAAGCUAGUUUUCGUUACCAUCCACCGGGGGCAUAUGCGCCUGCUUCUUCCACAACAGCCCCAGCAGCUGUUGGAUCACCUGAGGACUGCAGACAAGGUCACCAGGGAACUUCAAGUUGAACAUUGGAGGGUGAUCUUGGACCAGAGCAAAGUGGAGGAUCAGAUGGUUCCAGCCAAGUCCCCCGCCUGCACAAGAUGCCAGCAACAGCAGCAAAGGCCUUAUCGUGUUGGUGAAGGAUUCCCGUUGCCACCGGCUUCAUUUGAGUCCUGCUUGCAGGAUGAUCCACAGGCUCUUCAAAACAGCGGUGUGCCUCUGCGAAAAAGGCUUGCCUUCGCCUAUGGGCCAAUCGGUCAAGAGGUGUACGCUGGAUGGGCAGGAUGGACCAAGGGGCUUCAAUACCAGGGGAUCCCGUGCGGAGAACCCAUUGAAUACUAUGAGGACCCGAUCCAGCAAAAGGGCUUUAAGCCGCAGCAUGAUACCCGUGACCCGAAGGUCCGAGAACGAUUGCUGCGACGUCCCCAACACUUGGCAGCUUGGAGUCGUUUGUACUUCCUUCUGCGACCACCAGCUGAAGAAGUGGCACUUCCUCAAGCCGGGCGUGUGCUGAUCCUGAGUCUGGUGAUGGCGUUCGGUUGGGUAGGAGCGCCAGGGGAGUUCGUGAUAUGGGCCACCGCAGCCCAAAAGCACCACGGGUCGUUCCGACCAUGCCAUCCUCAAUUCAACGAUGUGGUGCCCUACACGGUUGAUGGAUGA